AUGCAUCGCCAGCCGCCUUCCUCGUCGGGAUAUAUCGAGCCACUCACAACACCAGCCCACCGUGCCCCUGACCAUCGUUCUAUCUACCAAACAGAAUUAACAGCUGCAAAUUCUCGUUCGGAGAACCCCAAUGAAGAUUUCAAGUAUACACAGGGUAUUUGGUCUUCUGGGGGCAGCACGGCAGUGUCUGUCUCUGGCAAUCAGACACCAGAAGACAACACGGUUUGCUCAACUAUUUCCCGCCACUUCCGAGCAGACAUAGACACUACGCAUACAGAUAUUCCUCUUAUAGUAUGUGGAUUUGUUGGUGGCUUGGUAGAUGGCCUAUCAUUCAAUGCAUGGGGCAGCUUCUCAAGUAUGCAAACAGGAAAUACCAUCUUCUUGGCCUUGGGAGUCUCUGGUCAGCCCACAACCCCAGCAUAUCUGUGGGCGAAGUCCCUAAUUGCCCUGGCCGUCUUCCUUGCAAGCAACAUCUUAUUCGUUCACAUGCAUCGGCUCUUGAGGCCACGUCGCCGCUCGACUAUGAUAAUCUCAUUUGGUAUUCAGACUAUUGCGCUUUUGGCCACAGCAAUUCUUAUCCAGCUGGAGAUCAUCACCCCGAAGCCCGAGGACCCCCGGGCUCCGAUCGAAUGGAUGCAAGUCCUGGCAAUCUCACUUCUAGCUUUCCAAGCAGGAGGCCAGAUCUGUGCUUCUCGGAUCCUGGCCCUAGAUGAAAUCCCAACUGUUGUUGUGACAGCUCUGCUAUGCGAUCUUCUUGUCGAUCCAAAGCUGACUGCAAAAUUCAAUCCGAAGCGCAACCGUCGAGUCGGGGCCUUUCUCGCAUUGUUUUUGGGCGCCAUGACCGCGGGUGGACUUUCUAAGACCACGAGUAUGGCGUCUAGUAUAUGGCUUGCCAUGGGUCUGAAGUUGACAGUUACCUUGGGGUGGAUUGUUUGGCGAGGGGAGGGGAGGAGAAAGAGUGAUUUUGAGGUGUGA